UCAAAUUAAACGAACGUUUUGCGUCACAAUGAAGCACUUGACUGUGUUGAGCAUCCUUCUGGUACUGGGAGGAGUCCUGGCGGACAGUGAUAGCAGUAGCGACAGUAGCAGCGGAGAACAUAAAAGCAAGAACACUGUCACGGAGCACAAGUACAAUUAUCCAGCCUAUCCCACUGCCUAUGGUUAUAACUAUAUGCAGCCAUAUUACCCCUACAAUCAGCUGAUGCCGCAGCAGUAUCCAAACCAGGCACCGUAUGGGUAUCCCCCGUAUCUUUACAAUCCUUACAUGCAGGCGCCACCCUAUCCCUAUCCACCACCACCGAAUCCCAACUGGAACCCCAACUCACCUCCUAAUCAGCAGCCGCCACAACAACCUACGUCCGGUCCUGGUCUUCCCACCCCCUACCCUCAGCAAGGAGGCUCCAGCGUGAUUAAUCACUCCCUUAAAGUCAACAAGGAAUACAACGAAGAUGGACACCACUCAUCGCCGUAGAUAACGAAUUACCACUGAUUUUUUAUACAAUUUAAAAACUGAAAUACAAGUUGUUUUAUUUACUUUUUGAAAGUA